AGAAGUCCAAUAUUGAAAAUGUCAACGAGAAAAGACUUGUUCUGUGCAUCUAGAAUGUCGGAUAGAAGUUGCCCAUGAAAGCCAUAAGGAAAAAUGUCAACGAGAAAAGACCUGUUCUGUGCAUCUAGAAUGUCGGAUAGAAGUUGCCCAUGAAAGCCAUAAGAAAAAUGAUAGGAAAGAAACCCAAGAAGACUGAAAUGAAUCUAUAAGAAAAGAAUGAUAGUCAGAUAAGCCCCUCCAUAGCCAUUGAAGCUCUAUAGAAAAGAAUGGUAAUCACAUAGAUUUGCAGAUAAGUUUCACCCUUUGUUUUCAUUGUGGCACACAAUUGCUCAUUGAAAAAGGAAAAGAAAAGAAGAAUAAUGGGUAUCAAGGGAAAAUUGGCACGAGUUAUAAGAAAGGGAACAGAAUGUGUUACAAAUAAAAUAUCUCAAGCAGCCGACAAAAUAAAGAGCUCAAUUCAUCAAUGGAAAACUGAUGCCUUCCAGAGAUUGGAGGAUGGGAUUGGAGUCGUCAAGACCCAUCUAUUCCUUAAGCCACUAAUAUUUGGGCUUGUUAUUUUGUUUAGAAUGAUUGUCGUGGUGAUGAGAGGUGUGAAUUGGGUGACUGAGAAAGUUGCAGGAGUACUGAAGAUGAUGAAUGGGCUAUUGACAGUUGGUCCGCUCCGCUUCCAAUGGGGAAGAGAGAUUGCUAAGAAGUUACCAUUUGGAGAGACGCUUGUUGCACUGUUAGAAUGUUUUGGGAAACUUAUUGGUACAUGUACCUCUAAAACCAAAGAAGUACUCAAAUACUUCACUGUGGAAGCAACUUCAGUUAUGCGUCUCAAAUAUGGAGAUGAAGUUGCUCGUUUGUUUCAGGAUGUUUUAAUAUCUUUUGGGCUGGCGUUAAAUAUGUCAUGGGAUUUAGUUCAGAUUCUGGAUCCAAUAGGUCUCCCACUAGAUUCGGUGGAACUCUUCAAUGAUUUUUAUGACCAAAUACAUAUCCAUGACGUAGAAGAUGAAAUAAAAAAAUUUGUUCCUAUGCCUGAUAAUAUAGCAAAAAUAAACAAAAUUGUGGCCAUGCAAGCUCUUGCUCUUGAGGAAGAGAAGAAGAAAAAAGUUGCUUAUAACCAGAAGAAAGAAGUUUCUUAUCAUAAGAAAAAUGUUGCUUCAGUCACACAUCAUUAUGUGACAUCCAGAGCGACCUAUCAAAAGAAACCCACAAUGGUAUUAGCUUGAAUGAUGUAAUCCUUAAGACAAUCAAGAAAGUCACUCCUAAGACAUGAGAAACAAUGGUUUGAUAAUUUGAUUUGGUUGUUGUAUUGAUCAUUUAAACUAUUUACCCAAAAUAUGUUUAAACAUU